AUGCGGAGAAUUAUCUUCCAUGCGGCUCCCACGCAGAGAAAAGAAAAAAGUUUGAACCCGGUUGCUGCUCUAGGACCCAAUAAGUCAUACUUCCGCAAACUCACAUCACCUCGCCAAAACAAAGAGGUGUGGUGGUUACCCCGGAUCUUAUCUGAUCUCCCCACAUCUCCCCGAAGUACCGAAAAUAGAACCACGUCGAUCGGAGCUUAUAAGGUAGAGGAGCUUUUGGGUUUCAAGCGAGUUUUGGCGGUAAGGACGCGUAAGAGGGAUGCGUUUUCCGGACCUGAGGAAGGAAGCCAAUGA